CUAGCCGAUAUCGGUAGCUAUUGAUUUUUGUAUUUUUGCGGGGAUUUUUAAUUUUUAAAAUAUUUCAUGCUUUUGUUUUUUAUUGUGCGACACUGCACAGUGCACACUCGAUUUCGAAAUGUUUGUUCGUCUGCUCACUGCUCCUAUCACAUGAGAGAUGGGACUGAUUAUUGAUAGCACGCUGAUAAACAAAAAAUUGUGCACUGUGAAAUCCCUUUCAUAUUACGAAAUUGAUUUUCAAUCAUUGUAUAAUCAUAACUCAUUGUUAUUUUGCAAAAACUGUAAUUUCUACAUGUCCAGCCAAUCAUGCGUUCGCUGAAAUUCCAAGCUCGUCUACUCUUCCAUCGUAUCGGGAUAUCCCUUCUUAAAAGAAAUGCUUCAAGCCUAAACAGCUCUCAUUCAAAAUACUGGGAGCUAAUAGAAAAUUAUACGGUUAUAUCUCAGAAACACUUGACUCCAGAAAUUAAGCUGAAAUUAAUCACACAAGAAUGUCAAGCGUGGAAUCAACCAGUGGAACAGAAUUCACCACAUCCCUUAGGUGAACCAUUUUGGGCAUUCUACUGGCCUGGAGGUCAAGCACUUUCAAGAUACAUUUUAGAUAACCCCUUGAUUGCAAAAAGGAAACGAGUACUGGAUUUUGGGUGUGGAAGUGGAGCACUUUCUAUUGCUGCUUUAAAAUCUGGAGCCAAAUUUUCUGUUGCAAAUGAUAUAGAUACCAUGGCUAUCGCGGCUUCGCAGUUGAAUGCGCAAAUAAACGCGGUGGAGCUGAACGUUUGCGAAGAUAAUCUAAUUGGCAGUGAUUGUGCGGAUUUCGAUUUAAUUCUCGUAGGCGAUAUGCUGUACGAUUCAGCCCUCUCGGAUGUUAUAGCAGCUUGGUUAAUGAAGCUUCGGCUAGCCGGAAAGGUGAUCCUCGUCGGCGAUCCAGGUCGAGGACCUGUUGGUAAUUCAACACUUUUUGCCAACUCCUUAUGUCAUCUUGCUAAAUACGAACUUGAUUCAUUCACUAAAAAAGACAACUACGGCUUUCUUCAAUCGCAUGUAUUUACUCUUCUUUAAUUGACGAAUCUAAGCGUGCACGACAGUGUAGUAAGUUGAGAAAAGUUCUGUAUCAAUUCCUAUGUCUUUGACAGCAACAAGAGCUACUACGCGUAGGAAUUUCGUUUGAUUUCCCUCUGAAGAGCUGUAAUAAAUAUUUGGGAGGUAACAUCUCAAUUCAAUAGGAAACCUGUCUAUUGGAAGAUCGCAUUCUUGGUAGGCGACAUUGCAUGGAUACUCUAAUUUUAAUGAUUUUUUUUUGUAUUAAUUAGAAAUCCUCAUUUAUGACUAAGGGGUUUUAUUACCUGGUGUCUCAUUGUUAACGUAUUGACCACAAUUGAGAGGAUUAAUCAAGUCCCCUGUCAACCAGGUUAAAUCGGCAGGGAAGAAUGGCCAACGCAAAUCACGGUAGACACAAGACCUGUUCAUUACAGAAGUAUUUAAUUACUAAAAAGCAAUAACAGAUGGAUUCCCCUAUAUUAUUUUAAUUUCUUACUUGAAAAUUUUGCGUGAAAUUCCUCUAUCUUUUCCGUCUAUGUGUAAGCCGUCAAUACAGCGGAAAAUGAAUGGAUUUACAAUCGACUGAAGUAGCAACGGUUCCAUAACUCGGUAUACAGUCCCUGUAGAUGAAAUAUGGAAGAUAAAGUCUAUGCAUCUUUAAAAAAAUUUCUGUAACUCAUCAAAAACCUGGAUACAAAGCUACAAUGGAACCUGCAGUUACCGUUCCUUUUGAUACGAAAACUCCAGUGCCAGCUUCAGGAAUAUUACUCUUUCUUAGCUGAAUGGUGUAGCCCAACACUCUUUCCAUGACCUACUUUAAAUGUACAGAAGUGGCCAUCUAAUGUUAA